GACUUCCAAUGAACGACAAUGAAGAAUAAGUAGGAACUCCAGUGAAUCUGGGAUUUUAAUUAAUUAAUGACAUAAAUUCACAUUUCUAUUAGUAACUCCACAGAUUCGCAUUAUUUUUUUUGACGCGCAGGUCAGAAAAGCGAGUUGCGGACACAUCCCGAAUUGUUUCUACAAGUGUUUUAAACAAGGAAAUCAGGCUAACGUUAUGUAGCGAGCUAAUCUCAUUUAUCUAGUCCUAAACUCCGUUACUAUUUCACGCCGUUAUCACUUCUACACAAAGGUAUGACCGAGUACAAGCUUGUGGUGGUCGGGGCAGGAGGUGUGGGGAAGAGCGCGCUCACCAUCCAGCUCAUCCAGAACCACUUUGUGGAUGAAUACGAUCCAACCAUCGAGGACUCAUACAGAAAGCAGGUGGUGAUUGAUGGAGAGACGUGUCUGCUGGACAUCCUGGACACUGCAGGUCAGGAGGAGUACAGUGCCAUGAGGGACCAGUAUAUGAGGACGGGAGAGGGCUUCCUAUGCGUCUUUGCCAUCAACAACACCAAGUCCUUUGAAGACGUUCACCUCUACAGAGAGCAGAUCAACAGGGUGAAGGACAGCGACAGCGUUCCCAUGGUGCUCGUGGGGAACAAGAGCGACCUUAGCACCCGCACGGUGGAGACACGACAAGCGCAGGAGCUGGCUAGAAGCUACGGAGUGCCGUUUGUCGAGACCUCCGCCAAAACCAGACAGGGUGUGGAGGAAGCUUUCUACUCAUUAGUACGGGAGAUCAGAAGAUACAAGGAGACCAACCGCAGCAACAAGAAGAGCAAGAAGAACACUCAGAGACGUUGUAUAAUACUAUAGCAAACCACACAGAGCCAGCAUUACUUACAGCACUUGUUUGACCCUCUCCUCUCCACUUAGAAACUGCCCCUUCACCUUGGGGACAUUGUGCACAGCUCCACACAAGGACAUAGACAUGGGGGGAAAAAACAAUUUUAUUGCUGUGACAGUUUCCAGUUAUGUGUGUUGCCACAAGGUUUGUCAUUCACACAUUCAUGUGCAGUGUCAGUUUAGCAGCAUUUGUGCAAACUUACUUUUUUAAAAAUCUGAUUUUAUUGGAAGUUAGUGAGAUGUUUUCAGCAUCUGUUGACCAUUUAGAGGUCAGGGGUUCACAGUAAUGCAUCACUGCACUUUAUGCUGUCACAUUUCCAUUUAUUAUUGUAGUGCUCAGCACAUUUACACUUUUCCUUUUUUUUUUUCUUGCUGAAUGGUCAGUGUUUGACUUCACCAGGAAGCAGUGUUCAAAUGAUUUUGAGAUUUUUUUUUUCCUGUGAAACCAUUUUACCCCACACAAGUAGUUAGACAAAACAUGUCCAGUCUUCCCCUUGUGUUCAUUUAAAAAAUAUAUAUAUAUAGGUUGGUGCAGUCUCUGGGGUUUGAAACACAACAGCAAUAUUUACUUAGGAAUUUAUCUGAUUAAGUAAAAAAAAAUGGAUAGGAUGAUCACAUUAACAAACCUCAAAACUGUGUUUCAGACUCUCAGGUGCACUUUAUUAAUUUUCUGUUGCGUGUUUAAUUCAGAUUUUAGGAUUAGUGCCACUUUAAAAGUUACUCAGGAAUACAGUUUUAUCAGAUGCUGAUUUAUAACAGAGCAGUCAGAUAAUCAGCUGAGGUCUGAUUCUGGCCUGUUAGUAGUUUUCUACCAUCCAAACUUGAUUUUAAGGCUGUUGGUCUCAUAUGGUCACACUUUAUUCCAAAGUCCAACUUUUAAUGCAGUUUUUUUGCCUGUCCUAGUGUUGUCGGUGGUUAGUUAUUGUGUCCAAACACUGUUUAUGUCACACCAACUUUUACCACACCAUGUAGUUUGUGAAAAUAACCCUGUGGUAUUACAGAGAACAUUUCAGGCACAGUAACAGUUGUGAGAUCUGGUCAUACUUGAUGCUGGAUGAUAAGGAUAUUCAAUAGGGCAACAUAAAGGAUUGUUAAAAUAUAUAAUAUAUAUAUAUGCUACAAACAUCCAAUAUAAAAACCAGCAUCUGCAUUAAUAAAACGCUGUUUGAAUAUUUACUAAAACUACAUCAGUGUUCAUUGAACUAACUUCAUGUGAGGUGCAUCCUGCUAACAAGUCAAUCCAUCCAUGUAAGGAUUUUUAAUCAUCUUAACCAGCAGGCUCCAAAUGCCAUAUAAAUGUUUACAUAUAUAUAUAUAUAUAUAUAUAUAUAUAUAUAUA